AUCCUGGAGCUGUUUUCAUACGGACAGCUUUAAACGGAAAUCUGCAUUUUAUUUACAAUAACAGGACAUGCCUUAGUGUGCAUUCGUUGGUAAAGUUGAGCAUAUAUAUUAAGUCAAAAGCGGAGAUAUGAAACCAAACACCGAUGCAAGCUUUCUUUUUCUUGUAUUGAUGACAUUCGCUGACGUGUUUUUUGGCGCGCCUGGAUGUAAAUGGGAGUCGUCUUCGGCAUAAAAGCGCACCUUUGUGAUGGAGGGCUGCAGACACAUUUUUCAGAUCUCUGGGAUCAAAAAUUAUGAAAAGAAGAGAAUUUUGCUCAAAGGGAUCAACCAGCUAGGUGGGAAAUACAUCGGUGGUUCGGUAUAUAAGCACUACAGCACCCACCUCAUCAUCCCCCAGGUUUUGCCUGGUGAGAAGUUUUUGGCAUUUUGUGCAGCAGGAAAGUGGGUCGUGACUCCGAAAUAUGUCCUGGACAGUGUUAAAAACGGCUCCUGGUUGGACGAGAGAUCGUAUGAAGUGGCCAUUUUCACAAGGUCCUCAGCUGCCUUUUACCCCGUCCGCCAAUGGAGGGAGAAGGUGACCAACAGCAGGAUAACCGGAGCUUUCCAGGGCUGGCGAGUUCUCCUCAUGGUUCAAGAGCCCACCAGGAGAGACAUGUUCAAACGGCUGCUGAAAGCUGGUAGAGCCGAAGUUUACAACAGUCCUCCUCCGACCUUCACCAGCAUUACUCAUGUCAUGGCAAAACCUGUAACAGAGUCAUCAAAAUCCCAAGAUGCUCCCUGCUACCCCGUGAGCCACAUAGUCCAGCACCUUUUUGGGAGCAACUGUGUGGACAUGAAAUUCAACAUCCAAGAUCACCUGGCUGAGAAAGACAGUUAUCUUGACGAGGAUUAUUCUAAUUUGGAGGCAGAGCUCAAGAGUGUUGUUAUUGAGAAGGAGGGCCAGCCGAGACUGCGCUUCCUUCAGUUUCUAGGUUACCACGACCCUCAUCAUCCUCACUCACAGGCGAUACUAGCAGACUUCAGCAACGUCGGUACCAUGAUAGAGUGUGGCCUCUUCGUUGAAGCCUUAGACUCUAUCAGAAGCUCGGCGUUCCCUGGUCUGUUGCCACCAGCGACGUACCUGAUCUCGCUCUUACAAUACGCACAGCAGGGUAACGCCACAUCCGUCUUCCUGAGGAACUUCCACCAAGUUUUGGAAAACCUGCUCCUCACCAACCCGCCAUGGCUGGCGCCCAACUCGGUGAAGAAAUACUACGCUCAAGUGCUGCAGUGUCCUCAGUGUAAGACAGGCUUGUGGCCUUUUCUGGAGACGGCCAUCAGGUACUGUCUAUCCAGCAACAUCACCUGCCACCCGCUGGCCGGACCAACCUUACCGACUCUGGUUGAUUUUCAUUAUGACAUCCUUUCUUUUUGCCUCAAGCUCUUCCAGGGGGAGCUUCACUCUGUCACCAGCGGCAGAGACUUUGUGCGGCACCAGGCGACACAAGCCCCCUCCACAUUUUCUUCUGGUUCGUUGCUGUAUGGAACCUUCUGGACUGUGUGGGAACGCUCCACAUUGUUGUCUCGAUCUGUGAAGCAGCUCACUCAGCUCAUAGUGCAGGCUGCUAACAUGGGCGGGGCUGAGAGGGAGGAGACGCAGAAGCUGCAUUUGGCAGACACCAUGCUGCAUCUGCUGUCCGUGUUGGUGGAGUUCUGGUGUCAGCAGCAUUUCAGACUCAAUCAGCACUUGGUGGAAAAGGGCCUCAAAGACCUAUCAGAGCAUUUCGCAGUUGUUAGCCAGGAUCUACCUCCAGCUGUUUUGGUGGAGCUGGUUGCCAGCAUUCGCUCCUCCAGGCUGAAGUUGGUGGUGGCAGAUGCCGUAUUUAGGAAUCUCUGCUGCAGAAAUGGGUUCACCGUGGGAGAUGAGCCGCAUUCUCUCAAGAAAAUGGUGUGCUCUUACCUGCCCGCCCUGGGAGCUUUAGCUCAGAGCCCCAGCAGCGCUCAUCACAGGACCGGACCGGCCUCACACAGCUGCACAAGCCCCGGGACCGGCAGAACUAAAACGAGCCCAGAGAGCCAGAACACACUCAGAGACUUGGGCAAAGUCAACGCAGCAGGAGAAACCCUUCUCCACCGAGCCUGCAUAAGGAACCAAGUAGAAGCGGUGCUUCAGAUCUUGGCGCAUCCUGACACGGACAUCAACGUUAAAGACCAUGCAGGCUGGACACCUCUCCAUGAAGCGUGUAACCACGGCAGCACUGAAUGUGUGAAAGCUUUACUCCAUCACCGCCCCGCCCCCGUCCUCACCGACCAGGUUGAGGGAGUCAGUCCUCUGCACGAUGCCCUACUAAACGGACACAUGGACAUUGCCAAAAUGCUUCUGGAACAUGCAGGCUCAGUGCUUCUCAGGCAGACUGAUGAAAAGGGACGGAGUCCUAUGGAUCUGGUCUCUACGCUGGGUCAGCAGGAGGAGCUCUUCAGCAGCGCGGAGGUUGGAGACUCGGCCCAGAGGCACGAAGGGGCCGAGGUGUUGAACCUUCCCCUCCUGGAGGCUGGGUCCUGUCUGCUGUGCCACCUUGUCGUCUCCUACCAGCUGGAGCGUGGUCUGCCCGGCCUCUCGCAGCCGAUAGACAAGCCCAACAGCCUGGUCUACAAGCUGGUCAGAGCCUUAGAGACUCACCCGCUCCAAAAAGUGACUUUGGACUGGACGGAUCAGCGAGCGGUGAGGCUGGUGGAAGAUGUAGAGAUGCUGCUGGAGCUCAGCCAAGGAAAGCACCAGGAGCAGGUGUCUCGGGCUGUGAGAGAGUGUAAAGGGGAAAGCACGACGCUCCUGAUGGAGAUCCUGGAGAAUCUAGGGUCUCGUGGUGAAAUGCUUGUAGCUGAUCUGUGAGACAGGAUUAAUGUUCUGGAGCAGAACUACACAACCCGUUAUUUACAUCAUGCUGGAUCUUUUUCUUCAGCCUUCCCUUAAUGUCAGGAACUUGUGAUUUAGAGUCCUUUCUGCAGAAAUACCAAAUUAAACAUUGGUUCUGAAAUGAGAUCAAUCAUGUCCAAAAAAAUGUAAUAGAAGUUUCUGAAAUGGAAAUGUAUAUUUAUUUAUCAAUCUCUGCAGCUUGUUUUUAAGAACACUGAACUACCGUAGUUAUUUCUUAUCUGUAGCUUUUCUCUUUUUUUAAUAGGAAAACAUGUUUUUAUUCACAAAAUAAAUAAAAAUAAAUCUGCUUUCACUUCCUAAA